GCGGCGGACGGCCCUCCCGGCGCGGCGAGCGUUUCCGGUGUGCGCGGCGGAGCGCUAGGGCCGGGGCACAGUCGGCUCCCAAUCGCGCACAAUGAGACAGCGCUGAGCGCCGGAAGUGGGGCCGAAGGAAAACACGGAGAGGGAGCCCGGCCAGGACAGGAAGAGGCUGGGGACCGCGGCGAAGGUGGUGAGUGCUCUUGGGCGCCUUCUCCUCACGUCCCUGCCAGACUCGCCUCCGCGCUGAUUCUCCAGUGGGUUUCCUAGACUCCACAGUAGCGGUCCGGCCUGGCUCCGGAGGUGCAAAGUAAGAAAAUUGAAGUCAGACCAUGGGAGAUACAGCAAAACCUUAUUUCGUGAAGCGCACUAAAGACCGAGGGACUAUAGAUGAUGAUGAUUUCAGAAGGGGUCACCCCCAACAAGAUUAUUUAAUAAUGGAUGACUAUGCUAAAGGCCAUGGCAGUAAAAUGGAAAAGGGCCUUCAAAAAAAAAAGAUAACACCAGUGAACUAUGGGAAUACCCCCAGAAAAGGACCAUGUGCUGUUUCCAACAAUCCAUAUGCAUUUAAAAACCCAAUCUACAGUCAACCCGCUUGGAUAAAUGACAACCACAAAGAUCAGAGUAAGAGAUGGCUGUCUGAUGAACGUACUGGUAAUUCAGACAACUGGAGAGAAUUCAAACCUGGACCUAGAAUUCCUGUUAUAAACCGACCAAGAAAAGACUCCUUUCAAGAAAAUGAAGAUGGUUAUAGGUGGCAAGACACAAGAGGCUGCAGAACUGUAAGACGACUGUUUCAUAAAGACCUAACAAGCCUAGAAACCACGUCAGAAAUGGAAGCAGGAAGUCCUGAAAACAAGAAGCAGAGGUCCAGACCUAGGAAGCCACGGAAGACUAGAAAUGAGGAAAAUGAGCAGGAUGGAGACUUGGAGGGCCCUGUGAUCGACGAGUCUGUGCUUUCAACGAAGGAGCUGCUGGGCUUACAGCAGGCUGAGGAGAGACUGAAAAGAGACUGCAUUGACAGGCUAAAAAGGCGACCACGAAACUACCCUACAGCAAAGUACACCUGCAAACUCUGUGAUGUUUUAAUUGAAUCCAUUGCAUUUGCCCAUAAGCAUAUCAAGGAGAAGAGGCACAAGAAAAACAUUAAGGAGAAGCAAGAGGAAGAGUUGCUCACUACGUUACCCCCACCAACACCCUCCCAGAUAAAUGCAGUUGGCAUUGCCAUUGACAAAGUAGUACAGGAAUUUGGCUUACACAAUGAGAACUUGGAACAGAGGCUAGAAAUCAAACGUAUCAUGGAAAAUGUGUUUCAACACAAGUUACCAGAUUGUUCUCUAAGAUUAUAUGGGUCAUCCUGUAGCAGAUUGGGUUUCAAAAAUUCAGAUGUGAACAUUGACAUCCAAUUUCCAGCCAUUAUGUCUCAGCCAGAUGUCCUCUUACUUGUUCAAGAAUGUUUAAAGAACAGUGACUCCUUUGUUGAUGUUGAUGCAGACUUCCAUGCUAGGGUGCCAGUGGUGGUGUGCAGAGAAAAGCAAAGUGGUCUUCUUUGUAAAGUGAGCGCAGGAAAUGAAAAUGCUUGUUUAACAACAGAGCAUUUAACUGCCCUUGGAAAACUAGAACCAAAGCUGAUUCCUUUGGUGAUUGCCUUUAGGUACUGGGCAAAGCUUUGCAGUAUAGAUCGCCCUGAAGAAGGAGGUCUGCCACCUUAUGUGUUUGCCCUUAUGACCAUUUUCUUUCUUCAGCAGAGGAAAGAACCCGUUUUGCCUGUUUAUCUAGGAUCAUGGAUUGAAGGAUUCUCACUAAGCAAACUAGGGAAUUUCAACCUUAAAGACAUUGAAAAAGAUGUUGUGAUCUGGGAAUAUAGUGACAAUGCUGCAGGGGACACAGAUUCAUCAAAAGAAGAGGCACCAAGAGAAAUACCGAUUAAAAGGGGACAGGUGUCAUUAAUAUUGGAUAUGAAACACCAGCCUUCAGUACCAGUUGGGCAGCUCUGGGUGGAAUUGCUUCGAUUCUAUGCUUUAGAAUUUAAUUUGGCUGAUUUAGUGAUAAGUAUUCGUGUCAAAGAAUUGGUAUCUCGGGAAUUGAAGGACUGGCCCAAGAAACGCAUUGCCAUUGAAGAUCCCUAUUCUGUUAAAAGAAAUGUGGCAAGGACCCUAAAUAGUCAACCUGUGUUUGAAUAUAUACUUCAUUGUUUAAGGACAACAUACAAAUAUUUUGCUCUUCCACACAAAAUUGCAAAAUCCAGCCUUCCAAAGCCCCUGAAUGCAGUUACAUGUAUUUCAGAACAUCCUAAAGAAGUAGUACAUCAUGAUCCAGAUAUACAAGCAAAAGAUGAUAAACUCAAAAACUCAGUUUUGGCUCAAGGUCCUGAUGCUACCAGUUCAGCUGCAAAUACCUGUAUGGUACAGCCAGUUACUCUUAAAAAGAAUGCUGAAAGCUUUGGGAGCCCAUCAACAGAAGAAAUGGGAAAUGAGCACAUCAGUGUCCACCCUGAAAACUCAGACUGUAUCCAGGCAGACGUUAACUAUGAUGAUUACGAGGUUGAUAAAGUGCACCAUCAAGAAAUAGGAAGGAAAAAUGAGAAAGAGGAAAUUGGAAGAAAGGGCAAGCAUCUGUUGACUGUUGAUCAGAAACAUGGGGAGCGUGUCAUCUGUGGCAGCACAUGUAAUAAUGAGUCAGAUAGCACUUUGGAUUUAGAAGGCUUCCAAAAUCCCACCACUAAAGAGUGUGAUGGACUUGCUACUUUAAAUGAGAAGGUUGAUCUUGAUGGAGAAAGUAUAGAAGGUACUGAGGAACUAGAAGACUCUCUAAACCACUUUACCUACUCAAUACAGGGCCAGGCAUCAGAAAUUAUUCCCUCUGAUGAAGAGGAUGAAGAAGAGGAGGAAGAAGAACCUAGGCUCACCAUUAACCAAAGGGAAGAUGAAGAUGGCAUGGCUAACGAAGAUGAGUUAGACAACACGUACACUGGGUCAGGGGAUGAAGAUGCGCUAUCUGAAGAGGAUGAUGAGUUAGGCGAGCCUGCUAAGUAUGAAGAUGUGAAAGAUUGUGGGAAACAUGUAGAUGGAGCUCUGCUAGUUGGACUUAACAAAAUAAGUCUUAAGGAAGAAAAUGUAUGUGAAGAAAAUUCACCUGUGGAUCAGUCUGAUUUUUUUUAUGAAUUCAGUAAACUUAUCUUCACCAAAGGCAAGUCUCCUAUGGUGGUGUGCAGCUUAUGCAAACGAGAGGGUCAUCUAAAGAAGGACUGUCCUGAAGACUUCAAAAGAAUCCAUCUAGAACCUCUGCCACCAUUAACACCCAAGUUUUUAAAUAUCUUAGAUCAAGUUUGUAUCCAAUGUUAUAAGGAUUUUUCUCCAACAAUUAUAGAAGAUCAGGCUCGUGAACAUAUUCGGCAAAACCUAGAAAGUUUCAUAAGACAGGAUUUUCCAGGAACUAAAUUGAGCCUGUUUGGCUCCUCCAAAAAUGGAUUUGGGUUCAAACAGAGUGACCUUGACGUCUGUAUGACAAUUAAUGGACUUGAAACUGCUGAGGGAUUAGACUGUGUCAGAACUAUUGAAGAAUUAGCACGAGUCCUCAGAAAACAUUCAGGUCUGAGAAACAUCUUACCUAUUACAACAGCAAAGGUACCAAUUGUGAAGUUCUUCCAUUUGAGAAGUGGUCUGGAAGUAGAUAUCAGUUUGUAUAACACAUUGGCCCUGCAUAAUACAAGGCUUUUAUCUGCUUAUUCCGCCAUUGAUCCCAGAGUGAAGUAUUUGUGCUAUACCAUGAAAGUGUUUACAAAGAUGUGCGAUAUUGGUGAUGCAUCUAGAGGCAGCUUAUCAUCAUAUGCAUAUACUCUUAUGGUGCUAUAUUUUCUCCAGCAGAGGAAUCCACCAGUCAUUCCUAUUCUUCAAGAGAUAUACAAAGGUGAAAAGAAACCUGAAAUAUUUGUUGAUGGCUGGAAUAUUUAUUUUUUUGAUCAAAUAGAUGAACUGCCUACUUAUUGGCCAGAAUAUGGGAAAAAUACAGAAUCUGUUGGGCAGCUAUGGUUGGGCCUUCUUCGUUUCUACACAGAGGAAUUUGAUUUUAAAGAACAUGUUAUUAGCAUCAGGAGAAAAAGUCUGCUUACAACUUUUAAGAAACAGUGGACCUCAAAAUACAUUGUUAUUGAAGAUCCUUUUGAUUUGAAUCAUAAUCUUGGAGCUGGAUUGUCAAGGAAAAUGACAAAUUUUAUAAUGAAGGCUUUUAUCAAUGGUAGAAGAGUAUUUGGUAUUCCUGUCAAGGGAUUUCCAAAGGACUACCCCUCAAAAAUGGAGUAUUUUUUUGAUCCAGAUGUGUUAACUGAAGGAGAGCUGGCCCCAAAUGAUAGAUGUUGUCGAAUUUGUGGGAAAAUCGGACACUUCAUGAAAGACUGUCCUAUGAGGAGAAAAGUGAGACGGCGUCGAGAUCAGGAAGAUGCCCUGAACCAAAGAUACCCUGAGAACAAAGAAAAAAGAAGCAAGGAGGACAAAGAAAUUCACAACAAGUACACAGAAAGGGAGGUGUCAACAAAAGAAGAUAAGCCCACGCAGUGCACACCUCAGAAAGCCAAGCCAGUGCGGGCAGCUGCUGACCUGGGGAGGGAGAAGAUCCUCAGGCCACCAGUGGAAAAAUGGAAGAGACAGGAUGACAAAGACUUAAGAGAAAAACGUUGUUUUAUUUGUGGAAGAGAAGGGCACAUUAAAAAGGAAUGCCCACAGUUUAAAGGCUCUUCAGGAAUGUGUAAAUCUGAUUGUACGUUUGGAUCCCCCUCACCUGUCCCUUUGAGACCAACUGGUCCAUUUGUUCAGGCAGUGCUUUUACAUGAAGACAAAAAGAAACAAAAAACAACAAUAUUUUUGAGUCCCCAGUCAGGUAUGUGGGUUUUUAAAAGAAAAACAAAUGUGUAUUAUUUUAUUUACUGCAUACUUUACCACAUGCCUUCUGAGACUCUCUGAAUAUGUGUUUUUCACAGGGAUUGGACAUCAGAAUCACUUGGUGGAACUUUAAAACACACAGUUGCCCAUCCUCUACCUUUAUUUCCUAAAGCUAAUUCUUCAGUGGUUAAGCAUGGGCCUAUGUGUUUUGUAAAUGUUCCAAGUGAUGUUUAUACCACCUGUGAGUGGCAACCAGAGUCUUCAAUUAUUUGUUCCAGUCCUGUGCUUUUUGUUGCUGCUUUGAACUUGUUACUGUCUUGCCAGCAGUGUUUUCUCCUCCUGGAGAGUGUUUGCCACACACAAAGUAAGGGAAAAAAAGUAACUUUUAACCUGAACUCCACUCUUACUUCUCAGCUACUUCAUUUAUUCAUUCUUUCAACAAAUAGUUAUCCAGCCUUUCCCUCCCUUUCCAAGUUCUGGAUGCUGGCUUCAACACUGAAGAUACAGCAGUGAACAACCAAAUCCCCUUCUCUCAUUUACUCUGCAUCCUUCUCAAAAGAGGUAGACAAUAAAGAGAUACAGAGAUAAUAUGUCAUGUGGUGGCAAAUGCUAGGAAGAAAUAACAAAGCAAGAAAAGGGGUAAAUAGGCAGCCUCUCUGGUAAAGUAACAUUUAAGCAAAGAAUCAAAUGAAACAAAGGGGCCAGUUAAGGGGAAAUUGGCAUUAGACUGGUAAACUCAGAGUUGUCGUGCAGUAUUAGUGAGGCAGUGUGGCAGGGGUGGAGCAGGAUUGGAAACCUGAGAGACAAAGAAAUUAAAAAAAAAAAAGAGUGGAACAGGCAGGAGGGUUGAGUGGUAGAGGUGAAGUCAGAGGGUGGAUGGAUCUGGGUUAUGAAGCGCCUUCAGCAGUGGUAGUGACCGUUUUGUUGUCCAUCCCCGCCCCCCCCAAGUGAAAUGAGAGACUAUUGUAGAGUUUUAAGCCAAAGAGUAAUAUUAUCUGAAUCCUAUUUUAAAAGGUUCAUUAUGUCUACUGUGUGGAGACUAGGUGGCCGCUUAGAAACCAACCCACCCCAGCCUACCAAUUUGUAGAGAUGUGGUCCCCUCUGUGUUGCCCAGACUGGUUUUGAACUCCUGACCUCAUGUGAUCCUCCCACCUUGGCCUCCCAAACUAUUAAAAUGAUAGAUAUGAGCCGCCACACUUGGCCAUAGCUUCAGCCUUGAACAGAUACUCUCUAAACAUUUUAUAUAGGAAAAAGCUAAUUCUUGAAUAGCCAAGAUGUUCGUUUUGCCGAGAAUAACAUAGCAUAGUGUUUAAGACUGUGUUGGUAUGAUUGCUAGCUUUGUGAUCCUGAGAGACUGCCUUAUCCUCCAUAUGCCUCACUUUCCUCAGUGUAAAAAGGGGAUAAUAAUAAUACCUGACAGGGAUGUUGGGAAAAAUCCAUGUAAAAGUACCUAGAACAGUGCCUGCAUAUAGAGCAGAGCAAAGGUUCCUGGUGGUGGUAUUAUUCCUUCAGGGUAUCACCAAGUCUUCCAGUGCCAGCAUUGUUCAGAUUGAGAGAGAAAUAUAGAUGCUAGGCAUAUACCUAGAAAUGGCAUUGACAAUAAGUUAGGAUUUCUGUAAUUAUCUUCUGAGUAAAAGAUCUAAAUACUUAUAAAUCUUUUGAGCAACUGGAAAAAAAUGUGUUUACUACAGGAAAAAUGUAUUGCAAUAAUUAUGUUACUUUAUACCAGAAAGAUGGUUAAAAUCUAUCGUAUCCAAUACAUUAGACUCUUCCAAGUAAGUGUAUGACAGAUGAUAUAACUGUCUAGUUAUCCAUGAUAGACGUAUCCAAAUUAUCUAUGGUGUUAUAAAUGUGAAGUAUAACUCACCUGUAAGUAGUAUUAAUUUCCCAACAGCUCUUCCCUUCCAUAGUACUAAGUAUGUCUUUAACCCACUUGUAAUUUCUCAAGAGAGCAUGUUGAUACGGACAGCCCCUUUUCUCAUACAUGGUGUAUUGACCUUAGGCAAGAGAUGUAGUUUCUCUGAGCUCCAGAUGUCUCAUCUAUAAAAUUGGUGUUAACACCAUUUAUCUCAUAGGGUGCUAAGAAGAUUAAAGUACCAACCAUAGUAGGCACUCAGUCAAGUUCUCUUUCCUCUCCUGAUACCUACCUCUAUCCUUUCCUCUAGGUUGCAUAUAGUUCUUAACUCCCAAAGGACAUCAUAAUAGAUAGAAAGUCCCAUGAAUGUCCUUGCUCUUUGUUGUUACUUCUCCCCCUCCACACACAAUGCCUUAGAUAUUCAGUAGGUUUUUUUUAUUACAAGUGAAUUUACUUGGGACGAAUAAAAAGACAAAGCAGGAGAAUGGGCAAGAACAUGAGUUUUACAGUGAGACACUUGAGUUUGAAAUCCAGUCCAACCAUUUACUAGUUGUGUGACCUUUGUCAAGUUAUGCAACCUCGCUGUGCCUCAGUUUCCUUUUUGGUAAAUUGGUGCUAAAACCUCACAGGACUAUUGUAAGGAUUAACUUCACGUAGAUAAGGCACUUAACACAGCAUCUAACACAUCUCAUCACUCAAUAAAUUAUCACUGCCCUUUGUUACUAUGGUUAACAGAAACACUUGCUGUAAUUUAUCUCUUCUAACUUAUAGGACAAAUAAAUAAGGGAAAUUUCUAAGAAAACAAAAGUAUGCAGAGAUUGUGGUACCACAGUGAUAGUUUACUGAUUUUUGUGCUUACAUUAAUUACUCUGGUUUAUGUAUGACAAUUUAUUCAGUAUUAGAAUCUAAGAAAACUAAUGUUUUUUUCUAUUCUUUAAUCUUUCUACCCUUUUUUUUGGUAAAAUUACUUUAAAAGAAAACCUACCUCUGUCUGUUCUUUUAUUCCAUUUUAAUCUUAUGACUUGAAAUCUGAAAAAUUUGAGAUGCUGUAAGAGAUUGGUAGAUGUAUUUUCGCCCUCAUAGUAAUGUAUUCUUUUACAGCUUUUAUCAUUGAUCAGAAUUUUAAAGCCUCCCUAUUUUAAAAAAACAAGGCUGGGCGCAGUGGCUCAUGCCUAUAAUCCCAGCUUUGGGAGGCCGAGGCGGGUGGAUCACGAGGUCAAGAGAUCGAGACCAUCCUGGUCAACAAGGUGAAACCCCAUCUCUACUAAAAAUACAAAAAUUAGCUGGGCAUGGUGGUGCGCACCUGUAGUCCCAGCUACUUGGGAGGCUGAGGCAGGAGAAUUGCUUGAACCCAGAAGGCGGAGGUUGCGGCGAGCCGAGAUCGUGCCAUUGCACUGCAGUCUGGGUAACAACAGCGAAACUCCAUCUCAAAAAAAUUUUAAAAAUUAAAUUAAAUUUAAAUAAAAACAGUUAUCUUUAUGAUAAUAAGUUUAAUAGAAAUACUUUAAAAAAUAGUAUGGGGAGAUCUCAGUGUUAGUGAAUAUAGAUCAUUCUUGUUUAUACCCUUUGGAUAUACUAGUGUAUUAAUAUACCAUUGUUUAUUUAAUCAUGUCUUAUUAAUGGACUGGCUGUUUUCACAUAUUUGAUAUACCAACUGUCUUCACAACUUGUGAUUACGUAUUCUCUCCCAAAAUAUUGAAAGCCUAUAUAUAUUCCUGUAUAUUUUUAAAGUUGAUAUCUAAGUCUUUCAUUGUAGUUGCAAAGCAUGUAAUUUCUUGGGGGAGGGGGGCUGUAAAUAUUGACAUUUUAAAAUAAAACUUUUAAAGCAGCCUUUAAAUGUA